GUCAUGUGAUCAGCUGUGUCCAAUCACAGCUGAUCACAUGGGACAUGUACACUGAUCAUCAGGGCACUGAUGAUCAGUGUGCCCUGAUGAUCAGUGUGGCCCCAGAAGUGCCACCUGUCAGAGUCCAUCAGUGCCAGCUGAACAGUGCCCCGUGCCAGUGCCCAUCAGUGCCACAAUGCCACAUAUCAGUGCAUACCAGUGCACAUCAAUGCCACAAAUCAGUGCCCAUGUGAGCUGCCCUUCAGUGUCACCCAUCAGUGCCAGUCAGUGCCACCUAUCAAUGCCAAUCAAUGCCACCUAUCAGUGCUGCCAAUCAGUGCCACCUAUCAGUGCCAGUCAGUGCCGUCGCUUAUCAGUGCCAGUCAGUGCCGCCUAUCAG